AUGAUCGACGUUGACUUAGCGAAGCAGUUAGGUCUCAGUGGUACGGAAGAGAGUAUGAACAUUACGACUGUAGUUGGUACACGUAAUGUCACCACCAGCUUAGUAGAUUUUAAUAUUAAGGGUAAACACAGCUCGGAGAUUCAUACCAUUAAGAAAGCCCGUACUGUACCUAAUUUAAAGUUAGCAUCACAAUCGGUUGACACUAGUGAGUUAGUUUUAGAACAUUUGCAUGAUCUUGUCGACGUUCUCUCGUAUUCUAAUGCUAAGCCAAAAGUUCUCAUAGGGUUGAGCGACUGGCAUUUACUGAUUGCUAGAGAGAAUCGUAUAGGUACUCGUUCCCAGCCGGUAGCCACUCACACGCCUCUGGGGUGGGUACUAUACGGAUUAUCAUACAAGAUUACUACGCCUGUUCAAUUCAUUAAUCAUUGUGUAUUUUCUGAGGUAGACAACGACCUUGAUAUUUUAAUUAGGGAUUACUAUAAGUUAGAUUCUAUCGGUUUAAAAUUACACGAGCCUUAUACCGCUUCUGAGUCGAGAGCCAUUCGUAUUAUGGAAAAUACAAUAACACGUCUUCCAAAUGGUCGAUUUGAGGUUGGUUUACCUUGGCGUGAGGAUUCAGUAGUUAUGCCCAAUAGUUAUCAUCACGCCCUGUCUAGGUUGAAUGGUUUAAACAAAGGAUUCAAACGGGAUCCUAAUUAUCAAUUAUUGUACAAACAAAAUAUUGAGGCUUACGUUGAAAAAGGAUAUGCUGAGGAAUGUGUGGUUGAUGACGGUAUUCUCUCAAAUUCUAGGCUUUGGUAUUUGCCACAUUUCGGUGUGACAAAUCCCAAUAAACCGGGCAAGUUGAGAAUUGUUCACGACGCAUCUGCUAAGAGCAGCGGUGUUAGUUUAAACUCGUUACUAUUGCCAGGUCCAGACUUACUUCAGUCAUUGGUAGGUAUCCUCAUAAGAUUUAGAGAGGGACAAGUAGCUUUGACAGGAGAUAUUAGAGAAAUGUUUCCUCAAAUUAAAAUUCGUGAAGCCGAUCGCAACUGUCAACGCUACUUGUGGCGACCAGAUGGACCGGACGGGCAGGUUCGUGAGUUUAGGAUGUCGUCUCUUAUUUUUGGUGCAGCUUCGUCUCCUUUCACCGCCAUUUAUGUUAAAAAUAAAAAUGCUAGAGAUUACGAGAAGCUGUUUCCUGAAGCAGCGAAAGCUAUCAUUGAAGAUCAUUACAUGGACGAUUUUCUGGGUAGUGUAGACGAUGUUGACACUGCCGCUUGUCUUGCUAGGGAUAUUGUAAAUGUUCACAGUAAGUGUGGUUUUGAGAUGCGUGAAUGGACGUCGAAUAAACCAGAGGCUUUACGUUUUGUUCCUAGUAAGUUAUGUAAAUAUAAUGAGUCUCAUGUAAAUCUUGAUAUAAAUAAAGCUACUAUAAGAGUUUUAGGUUUAUUUUGGAAUCCGAUAAGUGAUUAUCUAAGUUUUAAUGUAAAUAUUCAACAGCCCCAUGAUCUUCACUUAACUAAACGUCAGGUCUUGAAAGAUUUAAUGAGAAUUUUCGAUCCUUUAGGUUUUUUAUGUCCCUUUAUUACGCAGGGAAAGAUUUUAUUUCAACGAACAUGGAAACUAGUUACUGGUUGGGAUGACUCACUGCCUCCGAGUGAAUGUGUCAAAUGGCAGGAUUGGUAUCGUGGUUUUGAAACAAUAAAGACGUUGACGAUCCCGCGAUGCUAUUCGGACCAUAUUGACCCAUCCUGUCGUGAGCUACAUAUUUUUUCUGAUGCUAGCGAUCAAGCUUACGCAUGUGUUGCGUACUGGCGACUUAAAUAUCACGAUGGUUCAAUCAAAAUUGCUUUUAUCAUGAGUAAGUCACGAGUCAGCUCUCUUGAACCAACGCCUAUAGCUAGGUUAGAGCUUCAGGCGGCUCUAUUAGGUGUACGUUUAGCAGACACAAUCACUCGGGAUUGUAAACAAAAGAUCAACGCACGUUAUUUCUGGUGUGAUUCGCGAGUAGCUUUAUCGUGGAUUAGAAGCGAUGCACGCAACUUUAAAGCGUUUGUUGCGAAUCGGGUCGGAGAAAUUUCUGAGUCGACACUACCACGCGAAUGGCGCUGGGUACCGUCAGAGCUUAAUGUAGCAGACGAUGCCACUUGCAUAAGUGCCAAAAGCUCAAUCGAGCUUAAUAGAUGGUUAAACGGACCGUCCUUCUUGAUGGCAACUGAAGAGCAAUGGCCAGUAGAGCCCGCUGCUGACCCCGUCGCUGGCCAGGAUCUGAAGUGUCAUCAGACAGUUUUGGCAGACUCUCGGCCCUAUUUUAAUAUUAUUCCAAAUUCUAAAAACUUUAGCAACUGGCUGCGACUCUUACGAGCCACAGCCAGAGCUCACCAAUUUCUACGCCUACUUAUAGAAAAUAAGUCAAAUAAUGUAUUUUCUAAUAAUAGAUGUCGUUUUACUAAUAGGGGUACACUACGUCCGCUUCUUUUUAAAGACAUGAAGUCAGCAGAGCUCCAUUUAUUACGGCAAAGCCAGGCGGAGUCUUUUAGUCUCGAAAUUGCAGCUUUACAUCGUGAUGAGCCACUUCCUAAAUCCAGUAGAAUUGGAAAUCUCUCGAUAAAGCUUGGUUCGGAUGGACUACUACACCUUGAUGGAAGGAUAUCAGCUACGCCAGAUCUCUGCGACGAAGUUAAGUGUCCUCCUAUUUUAGAUGGACGUAACGAAAUUGUUCACUUGCUGGUCCAGUAUUACCACAUCUGGGCUUGUCAUGGAUAUAAUGAGACGGUUGUGAACGAAUUGAGACAGAGGUAUUGGAUUCUUCAUUUACGACCAACUGUUCGCUCAAUUGCUGCUAGAUGUCAAGCAUGCCGCAUAAAAAAGGCUUCAAUCUCGAUUCCACCUGAAGGAGAUUUACCGGUAUGCAGACUAGAACACCAUCAACGUCCGUUUCUGAACACCGGCCUUGACUAUUUCGGACCUAUGGAGGUAACAAUCGGAAGGAGACGCGAAAAGCGAUAUGUUGCGCUAUUUACCUGUCUCUCCGUCAGAGCAAUACAUCUGGAAAUUGUUGGCAAUUUGAGUGCAGAUGCUGCUAUUAUGGCACUUAGACGUUUCACGUCACGCCGCGGAGUACCAAGCAAGAUCUUUUCUGAUAACGGCACGGCAUUUGUUGGAGCUAGUCGAGAGAUAAGAACGAUGUGGACAGCCAUGAAUCAUGCAGAGGUGGCAGAUUACGCGAUAUCUCGUGGUAUAGAAUGGAACUUUAUUCCCCCCCUCUCUUCAUUCAUGGGCGGUUGUUGGGAAAGGCUAGUUCAGUCUGUUAAAAGAGCUCUUGCAGCGGUUGUCAAGAGUAAAUCCUUUAAAGAAGAAACUCUUAUCACGUUCUUAGCAGAGAUAGAACACGUCAUCAAUUCGCGCCCAUUAACUCACAUAUCGGUCGAAGCAGGAGAGGGACCUGCCCUCACGCCGAAUCACUUCCUCCUUGGGCACUCAUCUGGUCUUCCCGGCGCCACCACAUUAGAUGACGGAGUGUUACUUGGCAGAUCGCACUGGCGUAAAGCUGUACGACUAGCUGACCAUUUUUGGUCAAGAUGGCUGAAAGAGUAUGUACCAAAGCUAGCGCCACGUACAACGCGGAACUCUCAGCAGCGAUAUACAAAUUUAGCUGUUGGUGACAUUGUGCUGAUUGCUGAUGGAAACAUGGCUCGUGGAGUGUGGCCCAAAGGCCGUGUAGUCGCCGUAUAUCCAGGACGCGAUGAAAUAGUUCGCGUAGCGGACGUAGCAACAGCUGGGGGGAUGCUUAGGCGUCCUGUACGCAAACUUGUUAAACUAUAUUUGGCUGGACAGAAGAGAAACACGCUGAAGAGAGGGAAAUUCUCGGAGCAGAAACCCGAUCUUGAUCGGCACCCGCAAGGGGAACCCAUGGAAUGA